AGUAAUCUCUCAGGCUGACUGGGAGUGGGACGGAGAUCCUCGGAGGGGCAUUGGAGAUUACCGCAUUCCUCUUCCAAUCAGACAGAAUCUUGACGGAUCCCAGAUUGAGGCAGCUGACAAGUUUCCGAAUAAAGGCAUUGUCCGUGAUGCUUCCUGUGCUGUGGUUCCAUCGUGGCAGGCAUGGAAGUGCUUCUUGCUGCGUUGCCGCCUCAUGAUCAUUGAGAGCAUAGACACAGACACAGAGGUGUGGCGCCUCUCCCCCAUCGCCCUCAUUGCCAACCCUGGUCCAUUCUCACCACCACCACCAUCUCCACCGACACCACCGACACCACCAGCAUGCCGGCCAAGCACGUGCCCACCAGCGACACCACGGAGGCCCUCACGGCGGAGCUGUGAGCCCAUGACUCCCAAGGAGGAGAGGCCACCUGGGGAGGUGGGCGAGGAUGAAACGCAAAAGACACAGCUCAAGAAGGAACUCGGCUUGCUGGAGGGCGUGGCCAUCAUCCUUGGCAUCAUUGUGGGCUCAGGCAUCUUCAUCUCGCCCAAGGGAGUGCUGAGGGAGACAGGCAGCGUGGGCAUGUCGCUGGUGGUGUGGGUGAUGUGUGGCCUCAUGUCGCUGGUGGGCGCGCUAUGCUAUGCAGAGCUGGGCACAUCCAUACCAAAAUCAGGCGGAGACUAUGCGUACAUUAAUGCUGGCUUUGGCUCCCUCCCUGCCUUCCUUUUCCUCUGGGCUGCCAACCUCAUCUUUGUGCCCACCACCAAUGCCAUCAUGGCGCUGCCCUUUGCCAAGUAUGUGAUUCAACCGUUCUUCCCCAACUGUGACCUGCCAGACGAUGUUGUGCGGCUCAUUGCAGCACUGUCCAUAUCACUGAAUUGCUGGAAUGUACGAGUCACCACCAAGCUGCAGGAUUUCUUCAUGGUGACCAAGAUUGGUGCAUUGCUCAUUGUCAUCAUUGCUGGCAUCGUCCACCUUUGCAUGGGCAACACUGGAAACUUCCACAACUCCUUCCAGGGCACCAGCACUGAGCCAGGCGAGAUAGCUGUCUCCUUCUACUCAGGCAUAUUUUCCUAUGCUGGAUGGAACUACCUCAACUUCAUGACGGAGGAGCUGAAGAACCCAUUUGUUAACCUGCCCCGGGCCAUCUACAUCUCCCUGCCACUGGUGACGCUGGUCUACGUGAUGGCCAGUGUUGCCUGCCUGGCUGUGCUCUCCCCUGUCGACAUGCUGGCCUCUGAUGCCAUUGCUGUUACCUUUGCUGACCGUCUAAUGGGCAGCGGCAGCUGGGUGAUGCCCUUGCUGGUGGCCCUCUCAGCCUUUGGUGGUCUCUCAGUGCACAUCAUGACUUCCUCCAGGAGAUCAGCGCUCCCUCCGCAGCGGGACGAGUGGAAGGGAAGCCUGACCGUUACUGCACCGACCUUCAAGGUCAAAGAAUAGUCAAUGAAGUCCAUUACAGCACAUAAAUAAUAGAGCAUCCCUCUUCCAAAC